AACCCAAUCCACCUCCGGCUCAAGAGCGUUCCGCUCCGGCCACCCUGCCUGCCUGCCUGCCUGCCUAUCUGCCUGCCUGACUGCCUCGACUUCGAGCUUCGCCAUCAUCGAUAAACCGCGAUCGUCGAUCCCCUUUUGUGCCCGCCCGUGUCCACGGCCUGUGUGUCUUUUUGUUUGUAGUCAGGGUCGUGUGUGGUCGUAUGGUGGUACAGUCUGGGAGUCUGGGAGUCUGGGACAGUUGACUGUCAGGUCCUCGAUCCUCCCAUCAUGUGAGGCAUCGGUCGGGGGGAUAUUCAUCCAGACGAUCCAGACCCAAUUAUUGUUCAAACCCUCCGUCAACAAGCCGCCUAGUGUGGCCAAUCCGGCCAUGGAUGGCCCCGGCCAGCCCGUGCUAUUGGCCGAGGACCUCCAGGCCACCCUCACGGGCUACAUUCAAGAUUGCUACCGCCACCAGAGGUUCUGCGAUCUCAAUCUCCGGGGUGCCCAUGGCCGGGAAUCCGUCUCUUGCCAUCGCUGCGUUUUGGCGGCCGUCUUUCCCCCCAUCAAAGGCUUGCUAGACACGCCCGACGCCAUGGUGGACCUGGUCCUGCCCGAUUUCCCCGUGUCUGGCAUUCGAGAACUCAUUGACCGGAUCUACCUUCACUUGAACGACCAAUACCUGGAUUGGACGGAUUCGAACGAGGCCCUGGCCUCCACCCUCAUGGGCUAUUUCCCGCCCAUUCUCGCCGAUGCCGCCCGGGUCCAAGAUGACGGUGAUGAGGGCAUGGCCAUCGCCGCGGUUGGAACCAUGGCCAAGAUUGAACAAGAGUGCCAAUCAUUCCAAGACCGAUUGGCGUUGGGGAGUGAAGAAGCAGAUCAGCCUCUUGGAGGCUGGGAUUCGAGUGAUAAUAGUUCAGAUGGGCCGGCCUUGAAUGCCUUGUUUCAGGCGAUCAGGGACCAGGACCAUGAGGGCGAUAUCAGGCCGGCUGCCCUCCCGAAACGAGCCCAGUCCCAGAGGCGACGGCGAUGGGCCAAGCGGCCCCCCAGGAAAGCAUCCGGCAUGGACGGCGUGCCCGGCGUGCCCGGCGUGCCCGCUCGAGGGCCACGAGGUCGAAAGAAAGGCAGCGGUUUGAAAGCGGAGGCCAAGCGCUUCAAGACGGUCACUCAUUUGGAUCAUUCCAACUUUGAAAACUUGGAAGCCUUGAAGAACACCCUGAAGUGUGAUUGUCCGGGGAUGUCGCUCAACAAUCUGAAAGAGCAACAAAACCACUUUUACUCGGUGCAUUGUCAGAACGAGUUCACGAUCUGUGACACGUGCGGCCAUCCGGUGCGGACCUACAACAUUCAAGCCCAUCGAGAAUCCUGUGCCAGUGAGGUGGGUCCCUUUCUGUGUCCAGAAUGCGGCAAGGAGUUCCCUCGUCGUUGCAAUUUGAAUUCCCACGUGUUCAGCUACCAUAAACAUGUCAAGUGCAAGAGCUGUGGCGAGCAGUUCGUGGGCAAUAUGUUGAAACGCAUCCACGAGCGCACCCAGCACGUGAAGAGCUUCAACUGUGAUCACUGUCCGCUGCAAUUCAACACGAUGCUCAAGAAGAAGUCGCAUAUGGUGUCGGUGCAUUUGCCGGAUCACUUGCGGCCCCAUGUGUGUCUGGAUUGUGGCCAAGGGUUCCUGUACGAGGAUAAGCUGAAGCGCCAUCGGAUGAACAAGCACAUUCGCUCACGCCCCUUUGCUUGUCGAUGUGGGUGUGUGGAUGUGGCCUAUAACGAUCAGAGUACUCGCAACCAGCACGAGAACCGCAAUCACCCGGAUCACCCCAUUGUGGUCGACCGGAUGACUAAUAAGGUGCCCAGAUCCAAGCCCAAAGUGAGGACCACGUCAUAGGAUGAUACAGUCUCAAUCGUUUGAUUUGUUACGGAUCUUUUUUGUUCGACCAUGCGCUCAUCUCCGAGUCAGGGCCAAGCGUCAGAUCAAUGGAUCUACUCAAAUAUGUAUGUAUCUCUGUUGAAAAAUGCCGCCUAUUUUUGGGUCUCAACUUGGAAGUGAGAAGGUCUUGGAAAGCUAUCAUGAGAAGUGCCUUGAGCUUUACCUUUGGCUUCCAUCAAGUCUCAGCCGAUUGUGUUUGCUGCUCUGUGGACAGAAAACGGACUGGUUUCCAUGGAAUCGAGAAAUCCAAUCAUAAUGCUUUUGAAGACAUUCAAAGUGAUUGGAUAGUUCAUUCACAAUUUCUUUCAAUCUUGAUGGUGCCUUGUGAGAGGACAACGUCAAGGGGCCUGGAUUAUUAGUCGAUCCUGCACUUUUUGGGAGAUACAUAGAAAACCAAAUAUCUAUAGGGAGGUACAACUCCUAUGCCUAAAAAGAAGAGACGAUAUCAUUACCGACUAUUACCUAGAUUAUACUCUAACCAAGAAAUAACCUGGGUGUUUCUCUCACUAGGAUCUUCUGACCUUUGUGAAGAAGAUUCUUGUCCUGUUUGUGCUGCCUUUUAGUCAUUCAGCCACACUUGGCCGUGAUUUUGUUCUACCGGUAUCACUUCACUGAUCAGAUGCGUCCGAGUUGAAUCCAAAGUGUCCAGAAAAACGUGGCAAAGAUUUGUUCGGCCAGAAAAGACAGCAUUAAUAUUUAUAUUUUCAUUUCAUUCCAACAAACCUCUCUAAGAACAGCUAGCUGUGAGUAUCUACGGGGGGUCGGUCCAAAUCUCAGACUCGGUCAUCGGAUCUUUCCGAACGCCGGGUUUGUGCUUGACUGUGGGGUUUUUGAGCCGCUCCAAGACGAUGGGAUGGUGCGGAUGGCUCCGGUUUUCGUGCUGAUUGCGGGUGCUUUGGUCGUUGUAAGCCACGUUGUCGCACCCGCAACGACAGGCGAAGGGCCGGGCCCGAAUAUGCUUAUUCAUCUUAUGCCGCUUGAGUUUGCCUUCAUA